AAGAGCUCAGUGCCACGCUGCCGGUCAACGGACAUGGAUCUCUUGGAAAGUGUAGGUACCCUUACCUUUGCCGUCCUUCGCGUCGAUCCGUUCGUGAUCUACGGUGAUCCGUGCCGAUCGCCGGCCGCGAUCCGACGCGGCGCCGGCUGAUCUCGUCGCGAUCGGUCCCCGGCGAAAUCUCCGAGUGAUUCCGGUGUCUUCCGGCCUGCGAGUGCUCAAAGGAUAACGCCAGUGUGAUAACGCCGGAGAGAAGAUGAUUCAGCGCCGAGGAAUAUCGCGGCGAUCGUGCACCGUGCGAUCUCGCGGAUCGCGAGAUCGAAGGAUAGAGGCUCGCCGGUCGGGUUCAAGGACUUCUGGCUGAGCGACCUUCUCCCGACUCGAUCUUUCCGAGUCGAAACGAGAGUGCUUCGAAUCUUUGGAGCACCGGUGACCGUGUUCCCGAGGAACCAGAAGAUCUCGGAUACCAUCGGUACGCCGAGGAAUCGAUGGUCGUGACCUAACGUGUUAACCUGCUACCUUUAUCAGGAUCAGGCUGUCCAGGUACGUACCGAUUCGCUGUACCGUAGUCGAAAAUACCGAGUGCCUGCGAGUCGCAACGGUGAACGUUCGAAGGUUCCAUUCGAAGAGCGUCGCUUCGAGAAUGAUGGUCGUCGCGAGGAGACCGUGCUAAAGGGACGCGGUGUGAAAUCGUGCAACCUCGAACUUUGAACUAGCCAAUUUGAACCGGGUGUUCCGAGUGGAGCAGAUCGGUCGAUCGAUCGGAAGAUUCUCCUGGCAAUCGUGAAUGGCGAGGAAACCGCGGGAAUCCGCGCGGAUCGACGAGCGGUCGGUUCGAAGAACCGCGCGAAGGUCGAAAGGUCGCGAAACACGCGGAUCCAUGGCGGAGCUCGGAUCCAUCGUUUAAUUUUCCCAUCGGGAUGGGACGCGGGCCGAGCUCGGCGGUGCCGACGGUCUCUGGUCGGUCCGGUUCCCACACGCCCCUCCACGUCGCGGCGUCUCGGCAUCUCGGGCGUCCCGACGCUGAUCUCCGCGGCGCGGCGGCGUUCUCCGGUGGGCCGGGGGGCGGUCGCAUCGGUGACAAAACCCGGAUCGUCUGUUUCGCUCGGAUCGAGAAGAGCAGGAGGCAGCGGCGCACCGAAAACAGGGAAAAAGGCGACGGAUGGAAGAGGAAAGGCGGGAGCUGGGAGGCGUCGCGGGUCGCGCGGGGUUCGGAAAGAGAGGAAUAGGGAAAAAAGGACGAGAGGGAGGAUACGGGCGCCGAAAGGGCGAGAAAGAGAAAGAAAGAGGAAGAAAACGAGGCAGAGAGCGCGCACCGCGCCCGCAUAAAACGGCCGUCCUCUCGCGGAUCACGUCGAGGCGGCCAGUUGCCACAGGAUUGGCUGGCUUCCAUGUGUGGGGGCGGCCUGGCCGGCAACCCGUUGAAAAUAUAAGCGUGUGUGAGUGUCGGUUGAUUAGCCAGAGUCAGAGGAGAUCGUCGGUGGCGCGAGGAUAGGCCGCUCUUCACGAUCGAACACGCAGCCCGCUCAAUAGAAACCGCGUCCCGGGACCACACGAUCCAUUCCGCGGCACACCGUCCUCCAAGGUCCUGGUUUUCCCUGUGUCCGCGGCAACACGCUCGUCUCGUCGCGUCUCGUCCCGUCUCGUCUCGUUUGGUCUCGUCUGGUCUCGUCUCGGGGCCAACGUUCGCAAACGCCGGUCGCUUAGUUAACUCCGGUUAAAACUAAUCAAAAUUAAUCAUAACCCGGGCAACAAUUGAUCGCAAUUGGUCCGGAUUCCAUUACCGGUGCCGCUAACGCGAUCAGCCGUACACGCGUGCUUUUUUGCAUAAUUGCCGCGGGACCGCCGCGGAUCUGAAUUCCUCGCGAGACAACCGGAGGACACCGUACAGAAGCGCCAGGAGGAAUUUAACCGGUGAAACGGGCCUCGAGCGGAAACUGUGCCACGACACGACGAGGAAGUGUGCGGUUCGUGGAUUAUCCGCGGGAACACUGUGCCCGGUUCGACGAGAACUCGAGUGUCCAACGGAAAAGACCACCGUCGAGUGAUCGUGCGAACUAGCAUCACGAGUUGUCUCGUUUUCGUCGAGGAGCAGUCGAAUCCGUUGAACGUCCUCCGGAGAGCCACCGGCGAACCAUGGACGGGGGUCCUUUCGACGACCCGAUCUUCUCCGACUUCGGCGGCCGGGGUGGCACAGGUGUUCACAGCAUCCAGGUGAUGCUGGGUCUGCACGGCGGUCAUCACGGCGGCGAUCUCAUGCCCACCGGCGGUCAUCUUCACAAGCUGGACUCCUCGAACAGUCCUCCGCCGCAUCACCAGGCUUCGCACCAUCAUUUGCAACAGCAACAGCAGAAGGAGUUGAAGGAACUGGAGCUGGCCGGAAUGUACGCGCCGCUUCCUCAGACGCAGGACGUCACCACCUCGACGUCGAGCGCCGCGACGCCGACCUCCACCACGCUCCAACAGGGGUUGCAGCUUGGCAACCCGCUCAAAAGGAAGCCGGAGGACCCGAUGAACACCCUCGCGCCAGUGAGCAGCGAGGCGCAGCCGGCUAAGAAAGACUCGAAGAAGAAGACCGACAACAACGGGAUCAAAAAGAAGAAGACCAGGACCACGUUCACGGCGUAUCAGCUGGACGAGCUGGAGAAAGCGUUCGAACGUGCACCGUACCCGGACGUGUUCGCCCGCGAGGAACUCGCGGUUAAGCUCGCGCUCUCCGAGUCCAGGGUUCAGGUUUGGUUUCAGAAUCGACGCGCGAAAUGGCGGAAGCGGGAACCGCCGCGCAAGACCGCCGGCUACAUGGCCGCUGGAUCGGCUAGUCCAGGCUUGUCAGGAUCGUUCACCUCGCUGAACAACAGCUUGAACCCGUUCGCCUCGCCGACGACGGCAACGGCGCCGCCGGAUGCUUGGACGUAUACGCCGGCCUAUGACCUAGCGCCUCAUUUGAACCUGCUGAGUCCCUCGAAUUCGCCGUAUUCGACGUCGUUCGGCGGUCCAAGCAACAACGGAACAGCGUAUUCGUACGCGACUAUGCUGCCGCAGCACGACACCUCGUUGUUCUCGGCGCCGUCCGGCAACGCGAUGCGGGUUCACCAGGACUACAUGAACGCCGGGAACAGUCCGCCGCCGCCGUUGACCCGCAACGAUUACCAGACGAUGGUGACCGCCCACUCGCCACCCACGCACCUGGCCAACUCGAUGUCCGAGGAGGACCAUCAGCAGAACAAGCAGUUGGACUACGUGAGCGGACUGAGUCCGGCGGACAAGUACCAACACGAGCAGCCGGAUUACACGCAGCAACAACAGCAACAGUCGCAACAGGACCAGAAGCAGGACUACGGUAUGCAUUCACCGCAAGGACGCCAAGGUCUGAAGGACCAAGUGAUGGUGAAGAGUGAGCCGGCUAGCCAACAGAACUAUGUGCAGCUGCCUCCUUUUCUGAACUGACUCGAAACCUCCGUUCUAGACUCGUUCUAGCUGAGCCUUGCCACUUCACCACGGGCCCUGAUCAAUGAACGGUUUUGGGACCAAGCUGUGGACAAUCUCAAAUAACCUUUAUCUCGCAACACUGGAGUACACCAUGAAGGACAGUACUCGUAGGAAACAGUCGAAUAUUCGGAAAUAGGCACAGUCCUUCGUGAGAUACUCCAACGUCGCGAGAUCAAGAACACCCUGUAUAAAGUGUUCCGAUUUGCAAUUGAUUUUCAUAGAUAAGCAAGGAGUCGGGUCUGCUCCGCAAACAUAGGCCCGCGAAAGACAUACAGCUUUAUACCAAUCAUAGUUUUCGUAUUGAUACAGGUCCUUCUUGGAUCAUAGGAAUAGGAUACGUGUUUCAACUUAACGCUCCCCCUCUCUCUUUCUUUCUUUCUCUCUUAUCAUCUUUUCUUUGAUAUUUGUAAAUUAAAUCGCAUUAAGCUAGAUGUAUAUUUAUUUCCAAUUUUUAAUGGGUCGAACUAGAGAAGAACGUUUUUUAAAGCUUCCUGGAUCUGUUCAAGAGUUUGUACUUUGAGGAAAUUGGUGCAGAUUUCAUUUGAUUGUGAAAGAGAUAUUCGAGUAAUUCAGUCUUCGAUUAGGAACUUUUUUAGUGUUUUUAUAAUGAAUAGAUCAAAAUAAGAAAUAUCGGAUAGUUGUAGGGAUGAGCGCGUUAAAUUAAUUGGAGCAUUCCAAGUGCCUUAAAAAAAUAAGCUUAACGUGUAUAUGUGUUCUUAUGGGAUGAGUGUAACUGUAUUCGGAAACUUCGAUUUCCAUUUCUUUUGUUCGAUGGAAAAUUGAAUCGUGCCCAGCAAAAUUGUAACAUGCUGACGGUCUCUGAUGUUAUGCGUAUUUUAUGGUGAUAUUAUUGUAUAUUAAAAACAUAUUGUGCGUGCGACAUUUGUUAAAAAAGAUAUAUAUAUAUAUAUAUAUAUAUCAUGUGUUUGCAUAUCGUCCUACCCUUACUUCUUAGUCAGAAUAUUAUUGAAAAUAAAUUAUAAAAGUAUGUAACAAAUCGAUUUUCAAGAAAUACCAUCACGAGAAAUCUGCUACAUUAAUAUUUCAUUUGUGUACGAACAUGAUUUUGAAUAAACCAACAAAAAUUGAUAAGAUGUAAACAAAA